CUGACAUCACUCCACUGCAUUCAGAGUGAAGUUUUCAAGCCAAGAGAAUAUAGGCUUUUACCAUCAUCCUCAACUUCAGACAACCUUGACCCAGCUCAAAACAUGAAGAUGCAGUUUACAGAAAAGAACCACAACAGUUUUAUGGUACAGGCCCUUAAUAAACAAAGAAAGAACAAGGAAUUUUGUGAUGUGGCUCUCAGUGUGGACCAGACUGUCUUCUAUGCUCACCUCAACGUCUUAGCAGCGAUGUCUUCCCAUAUAAGGAGUUUGAUAUCCAGCAAUGAUAUGAAAGCAGAUGAUGAACUCUUUAUUAUCAUUGAUGCGAAAUUCAUGAGCCCGGCCUUAAUGGAGGAAUUGCUUGAUUAUUUCUAUACUGGGAGGAUUGUGAUUUCAGAGAAGAAUGUGGAGGAACUGCUGAAGGGAGCAAAGUACUUCAGUUCCCAAACUUUAAGAAGUCACUGCUCUGAUUUCCUCCUCCGGUCCCUCAAAAUGGAGAACUGCCUCCAGUACAUUCUGAUAGCCACUACAUAUGACCUGAAGGACAUAAGGAAUGCUGCCUAUGAUGGGAUACGAGACAACUUUCAUUAUUGGGUAGGGCCUCAGGGCAUAUCAGAAUUUAUGCAAUGCCCUUAUCAUGUCUUCAGCAGAUUGCUUAAAGAGGAGAAUCUUCAUGUGCAAAACGAAGAUCAGAUCUUUCUCGCUCUCCUUCAGUGGAUAAAAUAUAAAAAGAAUGAAAGGGAGAAGCAUUUUAAAAAGUGCUUUACCUAUAUACGUUUAACAGCAGUUUCUACCAAAACACUACUCGCAGCCUGUCGGGAAGUGUUGCUCUUUGCAGACCACACUGGACCUCUGUCCCGGAUAGAAGCUGUGUUGAGUGAACGUAAACAAGGAAAUCCUCAAAGUUUGAUGCUUCAACAAAGGAAGGGGGCAUUAGUGGACUCAGUAGUAAUCUUAGGGGGACAAAAAGAACAGGGUAAAUUCAACAAUGAAGUGUUUGCAUAUGUAAUUGGAGAGAAUAUCUGGAUGAAACUCACAGAAAUGCCUUACAGAGCAGCCGCGCUCAGUGCAGCCUCACUGGGGAAAUUCAUUUAUGUCUCUGGAGGAACUACUGAGCAGAUCUCUGGACUGAAGACUGCCUGGAAGUAUGAUAUGGAUACCAACACAUGGAUCAAACUUCCAGAUCUGCCAGUUGGUCUUGUUUUCCAUACCAUGGUGACUUGUGGAGGCGCAGUGUACUCUAUAGGAGGUAGCACGGCCCCAAGAAGGUACAUUUCCAGUAUCUACAAGUACGAUGAAGGCAAAGAGAAAUGGACUCUUGCUGGGAAGAUGAGUAUACCUAUGGAUGCAACUGCACUGAUCACCAAGGGAGACAAGACUAUUUAUAUUGUGACAGGGAGAUGUCUGGUAAAUGGGCGCUUCUCACGAGUAGGUGUGCUGGACUGCUUUGACACAGAGACCCGGAACGUGGUCCAGUAUAUCACUUUUCCCAUUCAAUUCAACCACAAGCCCUUGUUGUCUUUUCCACAUGAGAACAUUUUGAGUAUACAGAGCCACAAAGAGAGCAUGGAAAUAAAUCUGCAGAAGAUUAAAGUUAGCAAAACCUCAAGCCUUGUGCCUCUGCUGCCACAUAACUAUAGUUUGGAUCUGUCACAUGCAGUGUGUUCUAUUGGGAAUAACAAAGUGUUUGUAUGUGGUGGACUUAUUUGUCCAGGUGACAAACGUCCAGAGGAGUAUUCUAUCAAUCGGCAAGCAUAUAUGUUAGACCAAAGCACUGGGGAAUGGAGGACUUUAGCUGAGCCUCCAGAAGCUCUUGAUUGUCCUGCUUGCUGCAUGGCUAAGUUGCCAUGCAAGGUCCUCCAAAAAACUGUAGUCAAUUAAUUUGUGAAACCAAAAUGAAACAAUCUGUAGCAAUAAAGAAUGACUGAAAUGCAGUUUACAGAUA